GAGAUUCUGAAGGACCUGGAUGAUUACUAUGAAAAAUUUAAACGAGAGACAGAUGCCGUGCAGAAGAGAAGAAUGUUGCACUGCAUACAGAGAGCCUUGAUUCGGAGUCAGGAACUAGGGGACGAGAAAAUCCAAAUCGUCAGUCAGAUGGUGGAGCUGGUUGAGAACAGAACCAGGCAAGUGGACAGUCACGUAGAACUGUUUGAGACUUGUCAAGAGACUAACGAUACCACUGGAAACAGUGGGAAAGCCAGCCAAGAUAAGUCAAAGAAUGAGACAAUCACACAGGCUGAAAAGCCCAACAAUAAGAGAUCGAGGCGGCAAAGGAAUAAUGAGAAUCGAGAAAAUGCUUCGAAUAAUCACGAUCAUGAUGACAUCACCUCAGGAACGCCAAAGGAGAAGAAAGCAAAAACAUCCAAGAAGAAGAAACGGUCCAAGGCUAAAGCGGAGAGGGAAGCUUCUCCCCCAGACCUUCCUAUUGACCCUAACGAGCCAACGUACUGCUUGUGCAACCAAGUCUCCUAUGGAGAAAUGAUAGGAUGUGAUAACGAUGAGUGCCCCAUUGAGUGGUUUCACUUUUCCUGCGUGGGACUCAAUCAUAAACCAAAGGGCAAGUGGUACUGCCCCAAAUGCAGAGGAGAAAAUGAGAAAACUAUGGACAAGGCAUUGGAGAAGUCUAAAAAAGAAAGGGCCUACAACAGGUAGUUUGUAGACUUUUCAUAGCAAAGAAAAAUCAAACCACCAAACCAGUGUAUUUAUUGUCAGUGUCACCUUUGUUGAGGUGAAAGGAUUGUAAAAUGUAUAUUUUUAAAGGAGGUUUAAAACUGAACCAUUCCUGUUAUAGGGACGGCAAUAAGCAAUUUUGUUUUUCAUUUGGUAAACUGUAACAAGAAUGUGGUCUGUGGACCAAUGUAUUCCAAAAGUAAAGUUAUAAGACUUUAAACUGAAUAUUUGGGUGGGUCUGAAAAGAUAAAUUAAUACUUUUUUCUUUUCUUUUUUUUUUUUUUUUGUUUUCAGUGCUGGUAGCACUCUACCCAUUAAAAUUUUGAUGACAAAAAUAUCUCUGAAAUGUAAUUUUGUUUUCUUUAAUGAAAAAUGUUAUUUACCUUUUGAGCAAAACUGUUAAAUAGUUUAGCCAUCUGGUUGUAUCUGAAUAAAGCUGCAGUACAUUACAAAUGUAACUUCUUUUGGUGAUAAGCAGCGCGAGAGCAAACAAAAGGAGGGUAAAAUUUGGUUCCUGCUACAAAGUGUCAGUAUAACAGUUCAAUAGCAAAUGUUUAAAUAAGUUUAGAGGAUUAUUUUUAAAAAAAAAAAAAGUUAAUGGUUAAAUUUUACACAACAAUAUUUUAUAUGCUGGCCAAGUACCACAAGGGCCAUUUUAAAAUGAUUGAAUAUGUUUUAUAUUUAACCAGGAAGCGGUUUAGUACUGAGACAACAUAAAUGAAGCUUUAUACUGUCACAGAUAGUAGUGUAGCAAUCCUUAAUUUGUUUAAGUUGUAUAAAUGUACAUUUUUAAGUGGAGUUGCACUUACUGUAUUAUACUUGGAAAUGCAGCCAAAUGCCAUUGUGUAACCAAUGUGCAUUUCCUGCAGUAUGUAUGAAAAAACUGUACAGCUGUGAUAUUAAGAAAUAAAUGGAACAACUUUGA